CGACACGCUUUUUGUUCCCUAAAAGGCUCUCCCGAGGCGCGCUUUCGGAUCACGGACUCACAGCGUGAUCUCUCUCCACUGUCGCGCAAAUCAGCUAACAGAAGAAAAAGGGUCACCGUUUGGCGAAACCAUCGGAGAUAUUAACCGGUACAUCUGAUGAAUCCGUGUUUAUUGAAAGCCUAAAACUUCUCAGACUUCUCUUUCUAUCUUCAAUUUUGAAUCAUCAAAUUGACAAAUUAACCGAACGAAGAAUUUGAUUGCUUGAUCUCUGAGUGUUAUCCAUUUAAAUGGCUUCGAAUUUGAAUUCGAGUCCGGGUCUGAAUGCGGACAAUGCAAGGCCAAUGUUGCUUCCGGAGAUUGGACCCGAUGGAGUCCCCCGAGAAUCUCCUGUUAUCGCCUACACGGAAAAGAUAAUAGAAGCAGAGCAACUUCAAUUGAGAAAAUAUAUUGAAGAAAAUUAUUCCAAGAUUCGUGAUGUUGAGCGAGAAUUGGGAAGUCUUACAAUGGAGAUGAAGCUUACUGCUGGACCAAAGAAAGCUGCUCUUGAACACAUGCGAAAGAAAAUAGAAUUGUCAACUGAGAGAAUUCGGGCUGCCAAACUGAAUGAGGAACAAGCACGACAGGCCUGGGAAGCAGCAACGAAAGCUGUAAAGGAUGAAGAAGCAAUUAAACAGAAGCUUUGUGAAGACUUGAAUAAUCUGGUUCAGGAAAGUAGCAACGCACAGUAUGCUAGACUGGAAGAAUUGAAAAGGCGUCUGGAAGCUUUAAACCCGAGCAGAUCAUCCACCCAUGUACCCUCUGAUGGGAAUCCAAGGGGUCCGGCACAGCAUAGUAUAACUCAGGAUACUUCCACAUUAUGUACAUCAGAGCCAGCAACUGGACUGGCUAUAAAUACUUCCACUCGAGGGAAUGUUCCCCAAACAAAUGGCCAGAGCCAACAGCGUUCUCUUGAUGGUGACGGAAGAGGGAAAAAGAAAACUAUGAACCCUGGGAGAGGAAGGGGAAUAGGAGCAGUACCCGAAGGUAGAGGUUCAGCACCACCAGGUUGGACGGGGGCUGGCUUUGAUGUGGAUGGUAGAUGUUGAGAGUGACAAUUUCAUACUCUCCUUGCCUGUGGUAACAUUCUGGCACUAGAGAUUCACUUCUAUUCUACCAUUAUUGAUCCUCCACCUAGAUUUUACUUUUUAUUUGGAUUAUAUCCUCACAACUUAUACAUUAUUGUCAAAAAAAAAAAAAAAAGUGUUAUUUUGAGUUUUGGACUAAACUUGUUUCUGGUCGUGUCUAUUUCCUACCCAGUUUCUUCCUGUUUAUCUUUCCGGAAUCGAAUACUGCCGGCAUUGGAUGCUCUCGAGGACAUUAAGUAAUAUUGCACUAAAUCAGUAAAUGA